GAAGAGAGAAGAAAUUGGAGAAAGCUGUCGAUUAACACGUGACCUCGGGGACUGGCAUGUGAAGUGAAAAUGAGGUCACACAGCAAAAUGGGAAGGUGGAGGACCGGAUUAAGUAAGACGUCAGCUUUCCCAUGCUGACUUCCUGAGAAGCAGAGCAGGAAGCAGAGGGGUAGUCAAAGGCACUUGUGAAGGAAACACUGAUUACAGAGGCAGUAUAAAAGCACGUUUCUGGAAAUCAACCAAAAUAAAAAGGUGCCAGAGAAGAAACAUAGUUUGAAGUUUUCUAACCGAGAGAUUGGCAAAAGAAGACUGAGUCGCUUGGAGAGCAACAGGUGCAUAGAUGUAAAUUUUAUUCCAGAAGACAACAGAUGUAUCUGUGAAUCCUGCUGGAUGAUCCACUUAAUGGCUGUGGUGGUCUCUUGAUUUAGCGUGCGCUUCUUCAAGAAAUAAGAACCUUGGCCUGUUUUCAGUUUGGCUUCAGAAGUAUAAUACUUAAGCCUCUAAACCCAAUCACCUUCCAUACUGGAUCUGGGACCCCCCAGGGGAAUGCCGCGCAAGGUCAGCGUGGCGGCCUGGGGGGCAGCCCUCUUCAUCUCAUGGAAUGCUAUUCUACUCCUCUACCUCAUGAGCAGGUCCCGUGGUACAGAUCAUUCUGAUCUUACUGCACAUGUUAUCCAGUUGGCUGAAGCAGCAGAGGCUGAACUUGAAAAACAGAAGGGAUUACUUCAACAAAUACACCAUUAUAGUGGCCUACUUAACCAGCAGCAGCCUUCCUCACAUGUAAGGCUUGCACCUCUAAUGCCCAUUAAAAAUUUGAAUGUGUCAUCCCCUUUUCCAUCUCCUGUGGGAUCUGGUCCUCUCCCUUUGGUCAUUCCAAUACUAGUAGUGGCAUGUGACCGACCCUCAGUAAGGAGAUGCCUGGAUUCAUUGUUAAAAUACCGACCCUCAGCAGAAAAAUUUCCCAUAAUAGUCAGCCAAGACUGUGGUCAUGAGGAGACUGGAAAGGUCAUAGACUCCUAUGGUGACGCUGUAACUCAUAUCAAGCAACCUGAUCUCUCAGAGGUGGCUGUCCCACCAGAACACCGGAAGUUUCAAGGCUAUUAUAAAAUUUCCCGUCAUUACAGAUGGGCACUCAACCAGAUCUUUAAGAGCAUGGGCUACAAAGCAGCAAUUGUGGUCGAAGAUGAUCUGGAGGUGGCUCCAGAUUUUUAUGAGUAUUUUCAGGCAACUCUCCCCCUUCUACAAAAGGACCGUAUGUUAUGGUGUGUCUCAGCCUGGAAUGACAAUGGCAAGGAGGCUUUGAUUGAUCCUGGGGGUACUUCCCUUCUUUACCGUUCAGACUUCUUUCCUGGACUUGGUUGGUUGCUGCUCCGGGAGCUGUGGGAAGAGCUGGAACCCAAAUGGCCCUCAGCAUUCUGGGAUGAUUGGGUUAGGCGCCCUGAACAAAGAUUGGAUAGGGCUUGUGUAAGACCUGAGCUUUCUCGCACACGGACCUUUGGAAGAAAAGGUGUGAGCCAAGGACAAUUUUUUGAUCAGCACCUACGAUUCAUCAAACUUAAUCAGGACCUAGUGCCCUUCACUAAGAUGGAUCUCUCCUACCUUUUGAAAGAUACUUAUGAUCCCUGGUUCCUUGAGCAGGUUUAUGGAGCACCCAAAGCACGGGCUGAAGAGGUGUUACAUGGACAAGUGCCCGGGGGCAGGACAGUAAGAGUGGAGUACACCACUAAAGACACUUUUAAGGCUAUGGCCAGGGCCUUUGGUGUGAUGGAGGACCUAAAGUCUGGGGUGGCGCGGGCAGCCUACAAAGGAGUAGUGUCCUUCAGUCAUAGAGGAAGAAGGGUUUUCUUGGCACCUCCCAAAGACUGGACAGGUUAUGACCCUUUGUGGAACUAAUUGGAUCUCUUUCUUCCAAAGAGUGGGGGGGAGGAAACUUAUUUUUUUUUUAAUGAGCAAAGUGAGUGUAAUUAUGGGCAGAACUCCACAAUCCAAUGCAGUGAGCUGGGUUGCUCUGCGAGGAAAAGCAGACGACCAGUUGGAGGGGCAGAAUAUAAUGUAAGUUAAAGAAAUGUCGCAGCUACAAACUACAUGCAUCCAACUGUCGGAUGAAGACGCAGCAUGCGGCGUUCACAUUCGACAGUUGGAUGCAUGUAGUUUGUAGCUGCGACGUUUCUUUAACUUACAUUAUGCAAUGUUUCGUUAAAUUACAUUAUAUUCUGCCCCUCCGACUGGUCGUCUGCGUUUCCUCGUAGUGUGACCCAGGGCACCGCAUCGGAUCGUGGAGUUCUGCCCUGUGUGGAGAAAUAAGAUGGUUAUAAGGUUUAUACAAGAGAAAACUUCAAAGUUGUUUCAUUGGUGCUGUAUUAAGUGUAGUCUAAAAAGACAGAAGCAAUUAAAGAAACAGUUCAGUGUAAAAACAGAAACUGUAUAAGUAGAUAGGCUGUGCAAAAUAAUAAAUGUUUCUAAUAUAGUUAGUU